CAGUCAGCAACUAGGCACCAAACCGUCACUUCACUCCCACCCUUCUCAUCUCCCCGUCCUCCUGCAUCUGCACGUAGGUACCGUACGAUCACCAAGAACCGUGCGCGUGCCAUGGCCGAGAAGCCGCCCAAGCCCAAGCCUCCCCUGCCGUCGAAGCCGAGGCCCGCGGCGGGAAUACCAACGUCGACGCCGGGUCCCGGCAGCAGGUUGGCCGCGCCGCCUUUGAAGAAGCCCACGCUGGCGCCGCCGCCGCAGGUGCUCCCGCUGAAGCCGCCGCCGGCGCACCAGUACCGGCAGCAGCAGCAGCAGCCGGGCGGCGCGCGGAAGCCGCGGGGGUACCGGCAGCAGCAGCAGCAGGCGCACCGGCGCGGGGGCGGGUGCUCGUGCCGCCGCGCGUGCUGCCUGGCCACGGGCCUGGCCCUGCUGGCGCUCUGCCUGGCGCUCGCCGCCGCAUGCCUCGCCUACCUCUACUACCGUCCGCGGGCGCCGUCGUUCCACCUGCGGCCGCUGGCCCCCGUGCGGCUCCGCCUCGGCGGCAACUCCUCGUCCGCGGUGCCGGCCAUGGACGCCACCGUCGGCGCCCGCCUGGUGUCGUGGAACCCCAACGAGCGGGUCGCGUUCCGGUACGGCGACGGCGAGGGCCGCGUCGCGCUGGCCGGCGACGGCGACGGAGACGGAGACGUGGCGCUCGGGUGGGCCCCCGUGCGGGGCUUCGCCCACGCGCCGCGCAGCGUCGCCGCCGUCGCGUUCGUGGCCACCGCCAGGGGCGUGGUGCUGGACGACGCCGUCGCGGCGCGCGUGCGCGACAGGUACCGGCGAAGGCAGCAGCGGUUCAGGGUGGUCGUGGACGCCCACGUCGGCGUCCGCGUCGGGGCGCUACGCACGGGGAUGGUGCCGCUCAGGCUGCUCUGCGACGACGGCGUGAUGGCCGCGGGGUCGCCUGACGGGACCGCCGCGGGGCCCAUGAGCAAGUGCCAGGUGCUCCUGUUUAGAGUACGAUGGUUUAGCCUCAACUGAAGGAGCACUGGAUAAGGCUGCUGCUAGCUGCUUACAGACCGUCGAGCUGAUACCGCAGGCGCCAGCAGAGCUGAAGACGGCGUAAAUUAUCUGCCUGCCUGCCUGGGUUUGCGGGCAAGAUGGGGGUGAUGGAUUAGUACAUACCAAGUUUGUAACUGUAUAUUACGCUCCAGCUCCCGAUUAUUUUUGAUUGUGUGGUGGUGUAUACAUAGCAGGAACUAAAAAUGAACGGUGGGGCGUGUGAGUUGAUUGAUUC